AUGGGCAAACUUAUUCGGCUGGAGCUUUUCAACUUCAAAUCUUACAAGGGCCACCACACCCUCUUGUUUGGAGAUGCUUACUUCACAUCAAUCAUUGGCCCUAACGGGUCUGGCAAAUCGAAUUCGAUGGACGCCAUCUCCUUCGUUCUAGGAAUCAAAUCCUCACACCUGAGAUCUACGAACCUUCGCGAUCUCGUGUACCGCGGUCGCGUCUUACGCACUUCGAAAGUCGAUGUCGACGGAGAGCCUAUCACCAACGGAGAAGAGGGCCAAGAGGAAGAUGACGAAGAUUUGGAUGCUUCACAAGAUGCAGGCGGCAAGAACGAUCCAAAAUCCGCCUGGGUCAUGGCAGUUUACGAAGAUGACGCCGGCGAGGAGCAGCAAUGGCGGCGAUCGAUUACCAGUCAAGGUGUCAGCGAGUAUCGCAUCAACAACCGAACCGUGACUGCUCAACAAUACAACGAGGCUUUGGAGGCGGAAAACAUUUUGAUUCGAGCGCGCAACUUCCUGGUGUUUCAGGGAGACGUCGAGGCCAUUGCUUCGCAGUCCCCACGAGACCUCACUAGGUUGAUUGAACAAAUCUCUGGCAGUUUGGAGCACAAGGCCGAGUAUGAGAAACUGAAGGCCGAGGCCGAAGAAGCUGCCGAGCAACAAACCGUUCAACUCAAUCGUCGCCGGGGCAUAAACUCUGAGGUCAAGCAAUACCAGGAGCAGAAGCGAGAGGCCGAGACCUUCGCGAAAAAGGCCGAGGAACGUGACCAGGCUAUCAUUACUCACAUCCUGUGGAAGCUCUUCCACUUCCAGCGUCUGAUCGAUGCUUCCAGUGCCGACAUUCAGAAAUACCAGGACGAGCUCAAGGAAUACCGCCGAGGCGUUGAGAAGUACGAAAACAACGUUGAGGACGCCAAGAAGGAGCACGCGCGCGUUGGUCGUGAUGUCGGGAAAGCCGAGAAAAACAUCUUGAAGAAGGAAAAGGAUAUUGAGGAACUCAACAACUCCUUGGUCCCCAUUGAUGAGAAGGUCGAAAUUACACAAAGGAAGGUUGAGCGCUAUGGGACGAAGAUCACUGAGAUCGGCAAAGAGCGUUCAGCCCAAUCUGAUAACGCCAAGCAACUCGACAAAAAUUUGAAGCUCGUAGAGAAAGCUCAGAGCCAAUGGGAAACCGAAUGGAAAAACACCACCAGCAAAACGGGUGGCCAGCUGAGCGAAGCUGAUCAGCAAGAGUAUCACAAGCUCCGUGAGGAGGUCAGCAAGCGAUCAUCUGCUGAUCAGUUGACUCUUGACAACCUGCGCCGACAGCGAAAAACCGAAGCCGAGGCUGUAAACAGCUUAAAGGGCAAAGUCGAAUCCACCGAGUGGCAGCUGAAGAACCUUGAGCUCGAUGCGUCCAACAUGAACGACCGAAAGUCGGCUCUCAACGACACCAUCAAGGCUACUUCAAAGGACAUUGACCGCAAGAAGAAAGAACUAAACGCCUUGACAUCAGAGCGUCUCAAAGUUUCGCAGAUGCGCACAGAAUGGGAGGAGAAGCUCCAGGUCGUCUUGCGAAAGUUGCUUGAGGCUGACGAUGGAAAGAAGCAAACUGAAAAAGAUAUCCGGGCCAAAGAGCUAAUCUCAACUCUGAAGCGCAUCUUCCCUGGUGUGAAGGGCCGUGUGAGUGACCUCUGCCGACCCAAGCAGAGGAAGUAUGCCGACGCAGUGAGUACUGUGCUAGGCCGCCACUUCGACGCCAUCGUGGUGGACAAUGAAAAGACCGCCAAGGAGUGUAUUCAGCAUCUUCGCGACCAGCGCGCCGGCCAGGCCACCUUCAUCCCACUUGAGACAAUCCAGGUCAAGGCUUUCAAUUCUAACCUGAAGGGCAUGCAUCGCGGAAUGCGUCCUGCCAUCGAAACUGUUGACUACGAUGAUUCUGUCGCGCGUGCCAUCAGCUACGCCUGCGGAAACUCAAUUGUUUGUGACGAUCUGGCCACAGCAAAGUAUCUGUGCUACGAGCGAAAUGUCGACGCGAAAGCAGUCACCUUGGAUGGUACUGUCAUUCACAAGGGCGGUCUGAUGACCGGUGGUCGAGGUCCUCAGCAAAAUAACUCGAAGCGUUGGGAAGACUCCGAAGUGGAGAACCUUCACAAGCUCAAAGAAAAACUCAUGAGCGAUCUUGCCAACCUCCCGAAGGCCCAUCGCCGUGGCUCUGAAGAAGAGACCCUUCAGGGCGAGUUGGUUGGUCUCGAGCAACGGUUGAAUUAUGCACGCGACGAGCUGAAAGCUCUUGAAAGGAACAUCGAGAGCAAAGGCAGUGAACUUGACUUUGUCAAGCGCCAGGUGCAAGACUUGCGUCCCAAUGCUGUCGAAGAUGAGAUUUACCGCAACUUUUGCAAGCGCCUCGGCUAUGACAACAUUCGCGAAUACGAAGCACAGCAGGGGUCCUUGCAGGAGGAGGCUGCGCAGAAGAAGCUUGAGUUCACAACGCAGAAGAGCCGCAUUGAGAACCAGCUCAGCUUUGAGAAGCAACGCAUUCAGGCAACAGAUGAUCGUAUCAAUGGCCUGAAGGCUCAAUAUGAGCGUGACAUGACUUUGAUCGAGGAGCUCAAGAGUCAGCAAGAGGAAAUCCGUAAUCAGUUGGAUGAGUUUAGUGCCGAACUUGAGCUUUUGCGUGAAAAUCUCGAGAAGCAGAAAAAGAUCUACGUGCAGUCAGCUGAGAAUUUAGCCGACCAACGACGAGAGCUUCAGAAGCGCAGCAAGCAUGUUGAAAGUGCCUUGAAGGAUAUUAACGGACUCGAAGCCGAAAUCCAACGGAACUCAUCUAGCCGAUACGCUCUUUUACGACGAUGCAAGCUCGAAGAUAUUGACCUUCCAUUGACGGAUGACUCUAACUCCCUGGACAAGCUUCCUAUCGAUGACCUGGUGCAGGCCGCUGAUCCGGAUGCCAUGGAUGUUGACGAGGCUGAUGAUUUGGACGGUGAAGGCCCCGUGGUUCAGGACUAUGGCAUUGAGGUCGACUUCGAGUCCCUUGGAGACUCUCUGAAAGAGUCGGCUGAAGAGAAGCUCGAAGAGGAGUUGCUCGAGAAGGUUCGCACUCUCAACAACGAGCUUGACAAGAUGGCACCGAAUGCCCGAGCCAUGGAACGCUUGGAGACGGUUGAGAACAAGCUUCGCAGCACUGAGAAGGACUUUGAGGAUGCUCGCCGACAAGCUCGCAGGGCCAAGGAUGGUUUCGAGGAAGUGAUGAAGAAGCGCUCUGAUCUCUUCAACAAGGCCUUCACACAUAUCUCCGAGCAGAUUGGUCCGAUCUACCGUGAGCUGACGCGGAGCACGAACUACCCACUAGGUGGACAAGCGUACCUGGAUAUUGAAGACUCAGAUGAGCCUUACCUCGACGGUAUCAAGUACCACGCCAUGCCUCCUCUGAAGCGAUUCCGCGACAUGGAGCAUCUUUCUGGUGGUGAAAAGACCAUGGCAGCGCUCGCCUUGCUAUUUGCCAUCCACUCCUACCAACCAUCACCCUUCUUCGUGCUCGACGAAGUUGACGCUGCUCUUGACAACACGAAUGUGGCCCGCAUUGCCAAUUACAUCCAUGACCACGCCGCCCCUGGCAUGCAAUUCAUUGUCAUCAGUCUGAAGACUGGUCUAUUCCAGAAUAGUGAAGCCCUUGUCGGCAUUUACCGUGAUCAGGUGGAGAACAGCAGCAAGUCCUUAACGCUCGACCUCCGCAAGUAUACCUGA